AUGACAACGCUAAUGGAUGCUAUGAGUGCCUUCAGCUUCAGCUACCCCAAUGGCGAACCCCAGACGCCCACGAGGACCCCGACUGCGUCCGAGGCAUUCGGUGACGCCUGCUUCCAGACCCCCAAGUUCGAGUCGAGUUUUUACGACCCUCGUGUGACCUGGGACACUGCGGAUCCAUAUGCCUCGAGCCCGGAGCUGCUCAAGACCCCUCAGAAAUUCAUAUUUGGCACUCCGGGGAACUCGUUGCAAGCGCUGGACGGCUCUUUCGGACAGCAUAUAUCACCUAAUAUCGCCGCCAAGGGGCCUGUCGAUACAGACACCAUCAAGCGGAAGCGAGGCUCGAGGCCAACUACAAACUUUGGCGACGAAGGACCAGGCACUGUCAAUUCAACUCGCUCGGCAGCCACUAUCCAGACCCCGCCGCCAACAAGCACAUCUCGGAGGAGAGCAGGAGACUCGGGAGAUGCAGACCAGGGGUUCCUGGAGAGCGUCAGGAGGCUGACUGCUGCCACCGACGGCCACCUAGAAACACCUAGUCGGUUGAUUGGAGCUUCACCCCAGCUCUUUGCCAACUUGGAAAACUCGCCAGACCUGUUUCGAUUCUCCACCAUUGACCCUUCCGCCUCACCUUUUUACCCUCAGCAAAAACUCUUCCUGGAUCAAGAAGGCAAUGACUUUUCCAGCCUUCCCACCCAUCCGUUCGGCCACUCAGGCAAUGCCUCGGCUGCUACUCCCAACGUAGCAUCCCAAUCGCAGACGCUUGAAGUGCCGCCCUUGCCUACUAUGCAGGGCUCGUUGGAUCUACCCGAGUUCAGCCACAACAACACCUUUGCAUUUGGUGCUCCUGCACCAGCAGAUGCCGCUUUAUUUCCAGCGCCUUUCUCUACUUCUCCGCGGGUGCUCAUCCCCAAGGCCGACGACCCUAGUCUUUUUCUCAGUUCGCCAGCUCGGCGUUUUGGUCCUUCCCAACCGGUCCCCGAACCGAGGACCGCUCCACGACCGACCCGACAGCCAUAUCAUCACCAAACAGAGGAGGCGAAGCGAGAGUCACUUCGUCGUACUAGCCAAGUGCAGAGCCGGCCGUUGUCUGGGGCCUGGUCAUUUGAUGAUGAGGAUGACGACUUUACACCGCGGGCUCAAGCUUUUAAGCCAGGCUUGACGAGAAGUCAAACGACAACUGCGAUACCGUCGUCACUUGCACAUUCUCGCCAGCAGAGCCAGCAGUCUUCUGCCGGCUCGCUCGCGUCAACUAGCGGUGUCAAGAAGGCGCCUCCCAAGGGACGUAUUUCUCCGGUCAAGACCAUGCGGCAGCCAUUGCCCCGGUCGAAUUCCUCCAGUCUUCCCUCCCGUUCCCAGUCGUUGAUCUUGAAAAUCGACAAGGAUGGUAGAGCAAAGACGGAAUUCCAACCUACCGGUACCCAAUUUACCGGACUCACAGACCCUAUUUUAGAAAUGGAAAUUGAUGGAUCUGCCACGGAGAGUGAAAGCGACUCUGCUGAUUUUUCGGAUUAUCCUGCUGUACACAGUGGCAGGAAUUCAUUUGCGUAUCAGGGCUCGGCUUCGCUAGUUGGGCGAACAGGCUCUAUAUCUAGGCCAAAUUCCAAGAGUUCCCAUGCUUCCUCUCAUUCAGGGCGGCGUUCUCCCUGGGCAGAUUCGCGGACCAGAAGACCUCAAUCGGCCGUUAUACCACCCGAAUGGAUCAACACGCCUCGACGAUUCUCCAUCCCAGCCAACCCCAACUUCACUCGCCAUUCGUCCUCGACUGACAGCACUCUGCCAGACCCUGACGAAGACUCGGGCGACGCCCAGCAUGCACUACGACAGGUCCUGCAGGGGCGAGGAAGACACACUAUAGGACGAUAUGCGGGUGGACGGAUGCCUAUCUCUCAAUCCAUGAACCAUCUUCCAUCUUCGCCUCCUGGACUGGGACGAUUCGACCUGGGCCCAGGCGACCCGGCUACAUCUCCGACUACAAUUACAGAUCCUGAUGUGGGAACCCCAAGCACAGAUAGACGCAGCAACCCGAGCAAUGGCACCAGAUGUGUGUGCAAGUCGAUGGAAAACGGAGGUCACUUGAUGAUUCAAUGUGAAUCCUGCAGUCACUGGCUGCAUACCAAAUGCGUCGGCUUAAACAGAGCCAACCUCCCUCCAGUCUACAUCUGUGUAUAUUGCUGUGCGACUCCUAUGCGCGGUGGCCGGCUACGCGACCCCGUGGUUGGAGCACCUCAUGCUGCUUCAUCGCCUCUUGCACGCAAAUCCUUCCGACACCGCUGA